AUGGGUAGUGAGGCUGGGUUCGAAUAUCAUUGGCGGAUGUCUAUGGGAGACGCGGAUAAGAUGGACCCGAAGAUUAUAUCCAAAGUGAAAGCUCACGAGGCAAAUCCUAAUGUUGCAUCCAAAUUUAAACCUGGCUAUAGAAUCUUUGUGUUUGAGUUCAAAACCGACUUCACCUUGGCGAUGAAGCCUUUUGGUCCCAAUACAUUUAUGGACUCGGAGAGUUUUUAUGCCAUAGUUUUUGAAUUGGCAAACCCUGCACUUGAGCGGUUUUUGCUCAAUGCCCAGGCAUUUGAACGGCUGAGGGAUUACUGGAUGACCCAAGAUGAAAUCUUUCGUCUUGUUGACGAGGCCAUUGAUUUCGCCCGACAGAAUGCGAGUGGUCGUGAGGUUCAAUGGGCUUCGUUGGUGGUAGUGGGCCUCGAGGUACGCACGGCCCAACAAGAGGGAGAGUCCAAUGAGGCCGUGAUGGACAGGGUAAUCCGAGCCCAAUACUUGGUGCCCAUGUCGUACUUGCCGUUUACUUAUUCCACGGUGGAGUGCGCACCGAAGAUUUACAACAUAUCGUACGAUUUCAUUAGAGAUAUCCAUAAAAAGGUGGAUAAAAUCGACGGUAUGUGUGGUAUAUGCUCGAGGAAUAUGAGUGUGAGUAUUGUUGCAUCUAAGCUUCCGAGGUGUGGGCAUACUUUCAUUCCGGUUGCAUUUGCUUGUGGUUGGAGGGCUGCAACCGGUGCCCGUCUUGCCAGACUACCGUGUUCAUUAACGAUUUAA